GUUUCUACACGCCAACACAAGGAAAUUAUAUAUCUUCCCCAACCACCGUAACCAACCAACCAUUCGAAAUGGAACUCCUAAAAUCUCCAUUCCCAAUUUUCUCUCCGAACCCUAAUAAUUUCAGCAUAAUCCGACCCCCCACACAUUGUUUUCGGACGAAGGUUUCAAUAAAACCACCACCGCCGGAGUUCGACUUCAAGUCUGAAAUCCUAAGCGGAUCUAGAGCCAUAAUUGCUGAGAUGCACCCGGAAUUGCUCGAUUUAGCCGAUGAAGGAAGCUUAGUUGUAAUCAGAAAGAGUCAGUUUGGCCCUGUUCCGGCAUGGCGAACCGAGUUUGUGGAGCCUGAGGCUAUUUGGUUACUCGGUACGAAUCAUGUUUCUGAAAAAUCGGCUGUCGACGUAGAACGAGUUGUCCAGACUGUGAAACCUGACAAUGUCGUCGUCGAGCUUUGUAGAAGCAGAGCAGGAAUCAUGUACACAUCAACAGACACUGAGAUCGAACCACGGCUGAAGUCUAAUCCGUUUUCCUUAUCCGGUUCAGGGUUCUUUGGCGCCAUUAGUCGCAGCAUCAACCUAGGUGGUCAAACAGCUCUAGCACUACGUCUACUGUUAGCCACAUUCUCUUCCAAGAUUUCCUCAAACAUCAAUCGCCCUUUUGGUGACGAGUUUCGCGCUGCAAGAAAAGCAUCCGAAGAAAUUAGUGCGCAAGUGGUACUAGGAGAUCGGCCUAUUGAAAUAACACUCGAAAGGGCCUGGAACUCUCUCAAAUGGAAGGAAAAACUAAGCCUUGUCAUCUCAGUUCUUGGUGGAAUAACAUCAUCAUCGGAUCAAUCCAAGAUAAACUUCAAGGAAUCAACCACAGAUGACAGCAACUUUCAACUAUAUGAGCAAUUGAGUUUUUCAUAUCCCUCAUUGCUGCAACCUUUGAUCCAUGAACGUGACACUUAUAUUGCUUGGUCUUUAAAGCGAAGUAAAGCUGUAAGAGAUAGUAAGAGAGUUGUAGGGGUUAUUGGGAGAGGGCAUCUUAAUGGUGUGAUUUAUGCACUGAUUUCUGAUCUUGGAGACUUGAGGUUUCGUGAUCUUGUGGGAGAUAGGGCUUCUUCAGUCAAUGGAUCAUCAUCAUCAUCAUCAUGGGUUGAUACGAUUGUUAAGAACUUGAUCAGAGACACGAUUAUUGGUGUUGUGAUUUGGGUUUUAUAUGAGCAGAUAAAGAAUUGAUGUGACAUGAAACACAAUUGCACUUGAAAUUUGAAUAGUAUUUGGUAUAAUGGAAACAUUGAAAUGAAAAAGGAACUAUUUGUUUUUGUUUUGUUUGGAGGAAUAAAAUAAUUUGUUGUUGAAAAGA